AUGGCCAUGGAACGGACCAGGAUCGCAAAGGUCGACGAAGUGGUGCUAUCUCGCAGAGGUGAACAAGCCAAAGGCACCCUUCACUUAACACCACACCACCUUAUCUUCGUCCACUCUCCCCCACCUCUCAACGAGCAGUCACCAAACACACCUCCAUCACGACCACGAGAACUAUGGAUAACGUAUCCCAUCAUAUCCUUCUGCACCCUCCGACCCUCCCCAAUAGCGUCACGUCAACCCUCCUCAAUACGCCUGCGAUGCCGAGAUUUCACCUUCAUCUGCUUCUAUUUUAACGACGACCGCAAAGCCCGCGAUGUCUUCGAGUCGAUCAAAGCCUGGACCUGCAAACUCGGCAAGAUCGAGAAGCUCUAUGCCUUCACGUACCGACCUCCAGGGCCAGAGAGGGAUGUUGUGCCUAGUGGAUGGAGUGUCUACGAUCCUAUGCGCGAAUGGCGCCGACAGGGUCUAGGCGACGAGAAGCGCAAUCUUAAUUGGAGGGUCAGCACGAUAAAUAAAGAUUAUCAGUUUAGUCCGACGUAUCCAGCUUUGCUGGUGGUGCCGACUAGUAUAUCAGAUAAUACAUUGAACUAUGCGGGCAAGUACAGGAGUCGGGCGCGGAUACCGGUCCUGAGCUAUGUGCAUCCGGUCAAUAAUUGCAGUAUCACGAGGUGUAGCCAGCCUAUGGUGGGUGUGAGGCAGAACCGCAGUAUACAGGAUGAGAAGUUACUGGCUGCGAUUUUUGGGACUACGAGGAAUGAGAGGCCGCUUGCUGGGCUUGGGAGUCCGACGCCAGAAAGGGAGGAUUCUGGGAGCAGUAAAGAUAACAGUCUGGGUGGAGAUUUACACCAGACGGAUGCAGAAGCUAUUGAGGAUGCCGUGAUUGCAAAGCUGAGAGGAGAUGAUGAGGACUCGGACGACAUGGACCAGAAGAAACCAAUGGUAUACGGCGCUCAGCAAAAGAACAUGAUUGUGGAUGCAAGGCCGACUAUCAAUGCGAUAGCCAUGCAAGCUGCAGGAAUGGGCUCUGAGAAUAUGGACAAUUACAAGUUCGCAACCAAGGUCUACCUGGGUAUCGACAACAUCCACGUAAUGCGACAGAGUUUGGACAAGGUCAUCGACACACUGAAAGACUCGGAUUUGACACCUUUAGGUCCCAAUAGAGAGCAGCUACAGAAGAGCAACUGGUUGAAACACAUAGGAAACAUGCUUGAGGGUGUUUCGCUGAUUGCAAGACAGGUCGGACUACAACAUAGUCAUGUACUGAUCCACUGCAGUGAUGGCUGGGAUCGUACCAGUCAACUUUCUGCACUGGCUCAGAUGUGCCUUGACCCUUACUAUCGCACUCUGGAAGGCUUCAUUGUGCUGGUCGAGAAGGACUGGCUCAGCUUUGGCCAUCAGUUUAAAUAUCGAACCGGCUUCUUGAGCUCGGAGAAGUGGUUCCAUAUCGAGAAUGAAAGGGUCAGUGGUCGAUACGACGAGGAAGAAGGAGACCGUAAGCCCAGUGGUGAUGCUCUCUCAGGCGCACAGAAGACAUUUGAGAAUGCGUUCUUGAGUGCCAAGGGCUUCUUCACCAAACACAAUAAUGACUCAAGAGAGUCGAUAAAUGUCGAUUCUGAAGCUGAAGCAGGAACUGACGCAGAUGCAUCCAGUGGCAGGAAAAGCACGUCGAAGAAGAAUGAGCACGACAAACAGGUGACAAAGGUCAAAGAGACUGCUCCUAUCUUUCACCAAUUCCUCGAUGCAACCUACCAGCUCAUGUAUGAACAUCCUUCUCGAUUUGAAUUCAACGAGCGAUUUUUGAAACGAUUACUGUAUCAUCUUUACUCGUGUCAAUAUGGUACAUUCCUAUUCGACAACGAGAGACAGCGACAGGAAGCAAACAUUUCUGAGAAGACGACCUCGGUGUGGAAUUAUUUCUUGUCGCGGAGAAACGAGUUUAUGAAUCCGAAUUACGAUCCCCAGGUGGACGAUAAUGUUCGUGGUAAAGAGCGGCUCAUCUUUCCGGACGAGAGAAAGGUUAGGUGGUGGGCGCAGGGAUUUGGCAGGACUGACGAAGAGAUGAAUGUGCCGUUAAAAUACCUUCCAGCUUCUGCAGAGAACAACGGUGAAGAGUCGGAGCUUUCAAGUACUCACGACAGCACACAAUACUCCCACAGUGUGCCUGUAAGCAGGGUUAGGACUCCCGUUGUGACAGGCGUUGAGACCGCGACUGCCGCAGUCGGUGUUGGAUCGCCACCAGGUGCCGGGACGAAUGUAUCUGAAAUUGCUGCUUUGGUCGAGAACGACAAGAAACACGAGCAACCAAGCUUAACCACAAGCGCUACUAUAACUUCGGAGCCAGAGGCUGAUGUCGAAGUUAAGGACAUACCUGAAGUGAAGGCGAUGGAGCCAGAAUCAGCUUCGGCACAACACGCUGUGCACGAGGAUGUAGUCGAGCAGUUACCAGACGGUCUUGAUCCUCUAGGAAUAGGAGACGUAAAAGAUCAUGUGCCAGCCACAAAGAGGGUUGCUCUUGAGAGGAGAAAAGAGCAAUUGGAGGCACUGAUGCAAUAA